AUGGAGGGGAAGAAAAACAGCUGUGGAACAAAAAUAGAAGAGAAUGGCGGAAAAACAAAAGACACAGAAAGAGAAAAUAGUGUUAAUCCAGCGCAGUGGGGCGUAGUAGAUGGAGAUAAGAGCAAUCCAGACGGGUGCGUUGACAUCAUGAAAGCGUACAACGAGUGCCCAGAGAGUGCCAUGCGCAUCCUUGCAUCUGCGUGCGCAGAGAACACGCGAGUGUUCAACAUCCCAGUGGCGUACGACCUAAAGUCCUAUCCUCGGUCGAUUCACUACAAUGAGCUCGUUUCUGUCUACGGAACGGUAAUGAAGCUUGGGCUCCUCAAAUUCAAAACAGUAAAUAACAAGAAGACAGACUACCAGGAGAUCAAAAUACAAGAAAGAAGCAACAUAUAUCUCCCGCGAACAAUAAAUGUGCAGCUGUACAAUAAGCUGAUAAAUACGUGCAAGCCAGGCGAGGUAAUCCGAGCCACAGGAGUGGUGGAGGUGCUGUGGCACAGAAUCAAACCAGGAUGCCCCAUAGAGUGCGAGUAUUUCAUCCGAGCAAUAGAGAUAAGCCACCAAAAACAAAAAAAUAACGCAAAAUUGGUCGAAGUGCCGCUGAAUGAAUACGAUCUGCUAAUGAAAAUAGUAAAAAACUAUGCACCCUCGCUGGCUGGACUCAAACAGACAAAGCUCGCAAUGAUUCUGUGCACCAUAGGAGGACAAGAGAAUAUUUUAAAAGAGUCUGCGAAUAAAGACGAAGAAAGCGCGAAUACCUCCAGAGAUGGGAGCACAAUGACUGAGCAGCUGUACCAGGAGACGCAGAGCAGAAACAGAAUAUCUUCACACAUUCUACUCGUGGGAAAAACAGGAACAGGAAAGAGCACACUUCUGGCCUUUGCAUCAAAAACCGUUGCACCUGCCGUAAGAACAACAGGAAGCUCGUGCACAUCAGCGGGUUUGACUGCCUGCGCAGUCCGGGAGAACGGCGACUGGAUAAUCGAGCCAGGAGCCAUCCCGCAGGCAGAUCGGGGACUCUGCUGCAUCGAUGACUUCAAUGAUCUCCGAAAAGAAGAGAAAGCAUCAAUUCUGGAGGCAAUGGAGCAGCAGACCAUUACAAUAGCCAAGGCGGGGAUCCUUGUGAAGCUGGACACACGGUGCACAGUGAUCGCAGCAGGAAGACACAGCACAGAAACUGAAGGCGCUUUGAAAUCUCUCAAAAUUCCACCCCCACUUCUCAGCCGAUUUGAUCUGAUAAUGUGCUUGGAUGGUCUCCUCGCAUCUGACAAGGAAAUAGCAGUAAAUAAUAUAGAAAAGCAGCCUGAAGAGAAAAGCACCAUUUUCAUAAGAGAUCUCAUCGAAGAGAGGAAGAAGAUAAGAGUAAAACUAUCAAGCGAGUGCAAAAGAGUGAUUGAAGAGUACUACAAAAGACAGAAGGAAACAGACAAUGUAAGCAUACGGGCUCUGGAGAGCCACAUCAGAAUAUGCGAGAGCUACGCAAAGCUUCUCGGAAAGGAAGUGGCAACAGAAAGAGAGGGCUUAUUCACAGCCCUCCUCCUUAAUUCCAGCCUAAACACAAAGUCCAUCUGGAGCUACACCCUUGACACUGUGCUGGGCUCUGAAGAUCUUUUAAAUAGCGCACUAGACCACAUAAAAGAGGAUUUAUUUGGAAAAUAA